AUGGGCGUGGCUGUCACGCAGCCACCGGAAGCGCAUUCUUCCUUUUCCGGUCGGCGCCCGGCCCACAGCACGAGACCCCAAGAUGGCGAGCCGGGGUACGGUCUUGAGGCGCUAGAGGGAUCGCGCCGGGGACUGAACUUCCAAGGCCCGUGCGCUCCCGGGACCUCGCGCCUUCCCGACAUCGUCCCCGGGGGCGCGGGAACCCGGACCUGCCUUCUUCCCCGCGACGGCGUGAGGUGUGGUGACUUCAUAGCCGAGCCCAGAAAGAGGGAAGUGGUGUCCACGGAAGCCAGAGCUGGGUGGAGUGCCCUUGGGGAGAAGAUCCACUCAUUGGUUUUGUACCAAGCCUGA